AUGAGCCGACCAGACCGACGAGGAUUUAAAAGUUUUUUCAACCGUUACCGCAUCAUGAACAGACUCAGGGUUAGUUUUUCAAGAGCCAAAUCAUAUUCAAGUCCAAAUUUUCAGUUGAAUGGCGAUGACCAAAGGGGUCCGCUCCCCAAUAUGAGAGCGCAUGAAGAGGUAAAUGAUUUUCUUGAAAAUUCUAGUAAUUUUCCAUUUUUUUUUUCUAGAGACGCCGAGAAGAGGUGGUUCUGCCUCAGAGACCCCCCCGACUCCCACAGUUUGUGGCUGAAGUCGAGGGAUCGGAGUUGGAAGAUGGCAGGCCUGAGCGAGGAAACGUCGUCAACGUAAGAAUUGUUAGUUUUAUUUUUUUUUUUUAAUUCAGAAAACUUUGCUUUUGUUGUCAAAAAAACCUUUGAAUUGAGCUUGAAAUCUCGAAAAAUCUGAUAAAAAAUAAAAUAUACUGAAAUUUACAGGCUCAGCUGCGUGGACAAGAAGGUAUUCAACUACGAGGCAAUGAGCAGGUUUGUCUAUUUUCAUACCAAAACUGGCGAAUAUUUUUCCUAUUUCCUACUGAAUCCAAGAUCCAUUUAGGUAGUUCCCUUAAACAAUCCCAUAAAAAUAGAAAAACUGAAUAAUUUUUUCGCCUAAGAAUUGAUGAAAACUUUAUUUUAUCAAUGGGAAACUGAAUAUUAAAAAUGAAAAGCUGGGAAAAUUUUUAGUGGCCACUAUAGGGUUUGACGUCUUAGUGACCAAUAUAGCAGUCAAAUUAGUGACCACUUAAGGGGUUAAAAAUUAGUGGCCACUAUAGAGGUCUAAGUGCUACUACUAGACCACUAAAAUUUUAGUAGCCACUUUAGGGGUCAAUGGAUCAACAUAACUGGUCCAAUUUGUUUGUUUUAAAAUUAUCAGAGUUACUGGUAGAAAUCUGGAUGAAAAACUACUGAAGUGGCCACUAAAACGGAAAAUAGUGGCCACUUUAGUGUCCUCUCCAAGUAGUCCUUUGCGAGCCUCCAUAAUGGUCAAGUAAAAUUUUUUCCAAACUUUCGAAAAUGAAAUUUCGAUAUGAAUCGGAUUCUUUCAAAAUUCACGAGGAUCUCAUUUUAUCUCUAACUUUUGGAAAUUCAAGCUUUUGAUAAGGAUCGCAGCCAGAAAUCUAGGUUUCAACUGUCCCUUUUUGUGUUCAUAACUGAAAUGAGUUUCCAAAUAUCAUUUAACCGCCAAAAAUUGAUACACAAUACUUUCUAGGCUUUAACGGGGUGAUGUAAGCUCGCCAUUACCGAGUCCCUCUCUAUACAUAUUUGUUUUAGGACGAAGCGUCGGAGGAGGAGACGCGACGUCGUCGACGGGUGGUAGAAGUACGUGCAGCGCCACGGCGGAUGCUACUAAUAGCACACGAUCCGCUGUGGCGGCGAUACCACGAACGGCCACGUCGCCAAGAACAGGACGAGGAAGUAGAAGAAGAGCAAGAGGAAGAGCCCGUGGCGAGGGCUCCAAUUGCAGAUGACUCGGUAAGAAUUCAAGUAGAAUAGCUUCUUUUCAAGUCCGAAUGAGCCUUUGAAUUAAAGAAGCCAAAAAUGCCCUUUCCAUUGAGUUUCCUAAUCAACCUCUAUCACCGCUAUCACCUUUCAGGACUCGAGUUCUCAAGAGGAGGAGAUGGAGGCCCAACCAGCUCGUGCAAGACAGUGAGGCUCUUCAUAAUCUUUCUCAAUGUAAUUUUCACUGGACUAAUUCAAGCAAAACAAAAUAAAAUUUUUUUUUGAUUUGCCUCGAAUUGUGACAUACAUGGGCUGACAGGGUACUUAUCACUUUCGUACCCCCUAUUCAUUCAAGUGGCUUUCCAAACAGCUGAAAAUGUCUCCAUAAUAAUUAUUGAGCUUUUUCGAUUGUUUUGAGUGGCGUAUUGAUAGAAUAUCUCUUAUCCACGCUCCGAGCGGUCGAUAAAUCCGCGAGAAAUCGUAGAAAUCCACCCAGAAGUUAUGAGUUGAUCCGAAUUUCGUUUAAAAUACUUCCAAUGAAGUAAUUACAUGUGCUCACCAACCCUUAGACCAUUCGUAUUUCUUUGCAAAAAAGUCAAUUUCCGAGCUCUAAAAAAAAAUACUUUUUGAAAACUCGCAGUUUUUGGCAAAAAAUCAAUCACACUAACCUCGAGCAUACCCUAUAUAAAGACAAAGUUUCUGAUUUCGGAACUUUCGGACGUUUUUUAACCAAGUUACAUCGUUUCAAACUGUUACCACUUGACGGGUUGCGUACUCUCCCGUACUCCCCCAAAAAGCAUUCAUCGAUCUGAUUUCAAUUUCAAUUCACAUUAUCAACUACAUUAUAUGAUCUGGCUGAGUUUCAGGCCGUUUGAAUGAGUUUUGAAAAAAAAAAUCAUUUUUUGGGCUAUUCAAAAGUGGUUUUCUGAAAUCCGUAAUUUUUCGCUCGAAAUUAUUACCAACUUAGAGUUCACACCGAAUAAAAGUGAAUAUUGAAAUUUCUAAACUUCCGGACGUUUUUAGAGGCGAAAAAUUGCGAAUUUUAAAAAACUUUUCAGUAGUUCGAAAAAAGAUUUUCCUCAUCCAAACGGCCUGAAACUUGGCCAAAUUGAAGGACUCAGUUGAUAAUGGAGAUUCACAUUGAAAUCAGAUCGAUGAACGCUUUUUGGGGGAGUACGGGGGAGUACGCAACCCGUCAAGUGGUAACUUUCUCGUGUACGUAGCUACUUCCAGUAGCUCGCAAAACAAGAUAUUAGAAAACAUUAAUUGUUAUCUCAUCCCUAAAAACCAGUUCACAUCGAAAGUUUCUGCGGGGGUGCACGUACUUUUCCCAGGGGGGUACAUGCUUUUCCCAGGGGAGUACGUACUUUUUUAAGGGGGUACGUGAUGACGUCACAAAAAUUGGUUGGUUAGCCCAUGUAUUUAGGGACCGCAGAGCCACGCCCAUUUCACUGUUUUUUCUUCAAUUCCUUCUGCGUUAAUACUGUAGUGAAUAAACUCUUGAUAACUUCAGAAAAGUCGUUCUUUUCAAAAAAUUUUAACUCCUAAUAACUUUUGUCAAGGUAUUCCUUUUCUUUGAUGAGUCAAGGUUCUGAAAUGAAUUUUUUUCCUUCUUGAAUAAAGUUUGAUGAGAAUUGUAAGCCUUGCUUCUGUCUUAUUCUUUUUCCUCUUCAUAAUCGUUUCAAAAAUCAAUUUUGUAACAGGAUUAGAAAAUUAGGAAAUAAAAAGAAAAACAGAAAGGAUUUUAAAGAAAGGAAAAAAGGAAUUUUCCUGGGCAGCCGCGAACACGCGCCCUGCAGCAUCCCUCAAGGGGCGAGUGAAGGGGUGAGGAAGCGUCCACGAAGGAGCGGUCAAUUUCAAUUUGUUUUUUGAUCUUUUCUGAAUAUUUUUUUGUUUCUUCGUUAAAAAGAGCGGGAAACAGCUCGAAAGCUUUUUAGGGAAUAUUUCCCUCAGUCGCAACUCUCUCCUGUUGCUUGACUGGCAAUCUCGUUCAAAGAUGUAGAGUUUUGGUUGAGCUUAGCUCCCUUGGUUCCCGCUCUUGGGAUUUUUUUUUUCUGUUAAACAGGAUCUCAUUUUUAACUUUAUCUAGGACUUGGGUUGUUUUAGUUCACGUUCGUGUUUAGAAAUGACCCACGUUGACCGAGAACAAUUUCUUCUUAGAUGGAAGGAGUUCUCAGGGUUUAAUUCUAACCGUUGACUACUUUUACUCAGGACUCUUAAGACUGGGAUUGUUUUAAAAGAGGUAGUCAAAAUCUAGGCCAGGUUACGGUAGGUUUGAAUAUUUGAAUAUUUAUUUCACUCUGAUACAUAAAACAACAUGAACUACAAAUAAAAAUACAUAGUUUGAGCAAGAAUUAUAUUAGAGUGAAAUUAGGGACCGGUUUUUAAUACGCCCUCACGAGCGAAUUUACCGGUAUAGAGAAUAGGACACGUAGUAGGAUUUUUGAUUACAGUAGACGUAAGGGAAUGUUGGAAAAGAGUUCUUCGUUGCUUAGCGAGUCGAGAAACUUUCUGAAACGGGUGGUAGACGUGUUAGGGUUGAAUCUUGAGCAGAGUCUAUUCCAAAGAGGAAUGACAGUGCUAAAAAAAAAAAGUUUUUCUUCGGAAACUAGGAACUCGUGUUUUUUCACAUUUUUCUGGUGUAUGGGUUUUUUCAACACGUGUUUUUCGCAUCUCCCCUCCUUCUGUACUUCCGGUUUUAUCUUGUAAUAACCAAAUUAUAAAGAUUUCGUUUAUGAAGCGUUUGUUUGAUGAUGAUGAACCAAAGUUAUCUGGGAUUAACGCCAUCUACCGCGGAGUUGUCUCGCUUGGAAUCUGUCCUUUUAGGGGAGGCUCCGGGGCACAGUCGGCGACAUUUUUCCCAAGAGAAAAAUUAGAUUUCCUUCAAACUUAAAGAUAGAAUAAUUAAUUUUUUUUUUAACUUUCUUAUUUUUUCCAGCAAACGCUGAAGAUGAGCCGACCUGACCGGCGAGGAUUCAAAAGUAUCUUCAACCGCUACCGCAUCAUGAACAGACUCAGGGUUCGUUUUUCAAGAGCCAAAUCAUAUUCAAGUCCAAAUUUUCAGUUGAAUCGCGAGGACCAAAGGGUCCGCUCCCCAAUAUGAGAGCGCAUGAGGAGGUAAAUGAUUUCCUUGAAAUUUCGAGUAAUUUUUCCGUUUUUUCUAGAGAAUUCGAGAACAGGUGGCUCCUCCUCAGAGACCGCUCAAACUCCCACAAUUUGUGGUUGAAGUCGAGGGAUCGGAGUUGGAAGAUGGAAGGCCUGACCCAGGAAACGUGGUCAACGUCAGAAUUGUUAGUUUUAUUUUUUUUUUAUUUCAGAAAACUGCUUUUUUUGUCAAAAAAAACCUUUGAAUUGAGCUUGAAAUAUCGAAAAAUCUGAUAAAAAAUAAUAAAAUACUAAAAUUUACAGGCUGAGCUGCGAGGACAAGACCAAGUGGGAGGCGCUCAGCAGGUUUGUCUAUUUUUAUUUCUAUUUCAUACUUUUUUUCUAUAUUAUACCAAAACUGGCUAUUCUUUUUUUCUAUUAGAUUUGAAAUUUUUUUAUUCAUUUAGAUAAAUCCGACAAUAUUUUUUUAAACUAUCCCUCAAAAAAAUAGAAAAAAACAAGAUUAACUUUUUUUCGCCUAAGAAUUGAUGAAAACUUUCUUUUUUUCAACUGAAUAUUAAAAAAAUGAAAAAAAUUUUUUUAGUGGCGUCUAUAGGGGCUUGACGUUUUAGUGGCCACUUAAGGGGUUAAUAAUUAGUAAUUACUAUAGAGGUCUAAGUGCUACUACUAGACCACUAAAAAAAUUUUUAGUGGCCACUUUAGGGGUCAAUGGAUCAAUAUAACUGGUCCAAUCUGUUUUUUUUUAAAGUUAUCAGAGUUACUGGAAAGAAUACUGGAUGAAAAACUACUGGCUAAACAAAGAACCUCAAUAGUGGACACUUAAGUGUCCUUUCCAAGUAGUCCUCAAACGUUUGAAAACACAUUCUCGAUAUGAAUCCCUUUUUGUCCCUGUUUGUGUUCAUAAUUAAAUUGAGUUUCCAAAUAUUCAUUUGACCGCCAAAGAUGAAACACAAUGCUUUCUAGCUUUUUGCAUAAGAAUGUAAGUUCACCAUUAGCGAUUCCCUCUCGAUAAAUAUUUAUUCAGGACGAAGCCUCCGAGGAGAAGACGCGACGUCGUCGACGUGUGGUAGUGGCUGAGGCACGUCCAGCGCCACGGCGGAUGUUGCUUAUUGCACACGAUCCGUUGUGGCGGCGUUACCACGAACCGCCACGUCGCCAGGAGCAGGACGAAGAAGUAGAAGAAGAGCAAGAGGAAGAGCCCGUGGCGAGGGCUCCGGUCGCAGAUGACUCGGUAAGAAUUUAAGUAGAGUAGCUCCUUUUCAAGUCCGCAUGAGCCUUUCAAUUGAAGAAGCCUAAAAAUGCCCUUUCCAUUGAGUUUCCUAAUCAACCUCUAUCACCGCUAUCACCUUUCAGGAUUCGAGUUCUCAAGAAGAGGAGAUGGAGGCCCAACCAGCUCGUGGACAGUGAGGCUCUUCAGAAGCGACUCCUCUUCCUUUCUUAUGUGCAACUUUCUGCUUCUCAAUGUAAUUUUCACUGGAAUAACACACCUUCUCUGAGAAAAUCGAUGACAGUAAUAGAAAGCAGAACAAGAUAAAAUAGUAGAUGACUCUAUAGGAAUUAGGAAUUUAAGUGGAGAAGCACCUUUUCAAGUCCGAAUUAGAAGCUUCAAGGCUAUCAAAAUUUUGAAGACGCUUCAAAAAUGACCUUUCGAUUUAGUCUCCCAAUGAACCUUCAUCAUCUCUAUCACCUUUCAGGAGUCAAGCUCUCAAGAAGAAGAGAGGGAAGCGGAGCCAGUUCGUGGAAGACAUUAAGCUCCUCUGUAGUUCCAUCUUGACUCCAUCCAAUUAUCUCUAG